CCAAACUAUCGUUUAUACACAAUCCGUGGCGCGUCCUCCACUCAUGAAUAUGACAUCAGCCAUCGUUUGACCCGCAAUGUUGAUUUAUGCCCCGACGGCAAUCCAUCAUCCGGCCCGGAUAUCUACACCGACAAACAAACCACUUUUGCCUGAUAGGACAACGGCGAACCUUUUGUGUGCCCAACUCGAGUCUCGGGAAUUGUGUAUGCAUGAAGCUACAAUUUGGGUAAAGUGAUUCGUUUUGAUGUGUUUAGUGUAGUGCGGAAUCAUGAGGCGACGCCCGUUGCCGCCCGUCAAAGAGGAAGUGAAUACGAAAUCUUGGCGUAGCGUGUGUGAGAGCGAGUGGGCGAUAUAUGCUUUAGUGUCAUCGGUGGGUGCGUUGACCUAUGCGAAUAGUUUUGAUGGUGAGUUUGUGCAUGAUGACAUCCCUGCGAUUGUGUCGAACAGUGAUGUGAAUGGUGGCAACCCUAUCGCGAGGGUUUUUAAGAAUGACUUCUGGGGGACUCCUAUGUCGGAUUUGAACAGUCAUAAGUCCUAUCGGCCGUUGACAACGUUAUCGUUCAGAUUAAACCACGCUCUAUGUGGUUUCUCACCGUGGUGGUGGCACGCGUGCAAUGUAGCGCUGCAUGCAGCCUGUUGCGCUCUGGUCGCCCGAACUGGCGCUGUAGUAGCACGGCUGCAGCGGCCAUUUGCAGCGCUGGCUGCUCUGCUGUUCGCUGUACAUCCAGUGCACACUGAGGCUGUAGCGGGUGUUGUGGGACGCGCCGAUGUGCUCGCUUGCGUAUUCUUCUUAUCAUCUCUUCUAUUAUAUCAUGGGUCUUCAGGCAGACACCGCGUAUGGUCAAGUGUUGUGCUUGCCGCCCUCAGCAUGCUGGCGAAGGAGACAGGCCUUACAGUUCUGCUGUUCAACGUAACCUUCGAUUUAUAUCGGUGCUGGAGCCCCAUAUCAAAACCAUCCUUAGCAGUGAAAUGGAGGUGGAAAAGCGACAGCCACUGGGGUCGAGUGGUGCGGGUGCUGACUGCUCUGUCGUUACUCAUAGCGGCUCGACUGGCGCUGCUACAAGGUUCAUUGCCGGCUUUCUCACCACAGGACAACCCGCCAGCCUUUCAUCCGUCCUUCAUCGUCAGGCUAAUGACUUUCUGCUACCUGGCUGCCUUCAACUGGUGGCUACUGCUGUGCCCCUGGACGCUCAGUCAUGACUGGCAGAUGGGGUCCGUUCCGCUGAUCACCAGCGGUUGGGAUCCAAGGAACUUGCUCACGUGUGCUGCUAUUAUUGCAUUAGUUGCACUAUCAUAUAGAUGCCUGAUGGAUUUAGAGUUACAAAGGCACACCCCAGUGUUGGUAGGUUUGAUGCUGCUAGUGAUACCAUACCUGCCUGCAUCCAAUCUACUAGUCACUGUUGGCUUCGUGGUGGCUGAGAGAGUACUAUAUAUACCAAGUGUGGGAUCUGUCAUCAUAACAGCAUACGGCAUUCAGUUACUGUGGCGACACUACGGGGGUAGUAAAGGGUUGUUGGUGCUGGUCGUUGGGGCGCUGGUUGGUGCCGGAGUAGCAAGGACUCACCUGAGGAACAGGGAGUGGAGGACCAGGGAGACUUUGCUCAGAGCUGAUUUAUCAGUGUUGCCUCACAACGCGAAGUUGCAUUAUAAUUUCGCUAACUUUUUGAAGGACAUUGAGCAACAAGAGAGUGCUGUUAGGCAUUAUAAAGAGGCUUUAAAAUUGUGGCCAAGUUACGCCAGUGCUCACAACAAUCUUGGCACACUGGUAAUGGAGUCAGGUCGAGCUGAACACCACUUCUUGCAAGCUCUUAAAUACAACCGGGAACAUAUCAAUGCACAUUAUAACCUCGCUAAACUAUACAGAAAAAAGAAUCGCAUAACCGAUUCACUGAAGAUGCUGGAGCGGUGUAUUUCAUUGGAGCCACGAUUCGUUCAAGCAUAUUUAGAGCUGCUGCUUAUAACGAACGAGAAUGAGAAGAGGCCGAUAUUGGACAAGCUCGUGGAGCUGGAACCAAAUAAUUGGGAGCAUUUUCUUUUGUACGGUAAUUGGUUUAGAGAUAGAGAUUUGUUGCCUUUGUCAUCUGAGUAUUAUACGAUAGCAAUGAGAUUGUCGUUUGCUGGUGAGACACAGAACAGUGAACGCGGUAAGAUACUGUCGCUGCGCGCUGCCUGCUUAGCGCUGCGUCGAGCAGGGCAGCGGGCCAGAGUACUGCAAAUGCUUACUAGAUGGCAGGCGGGGCGUGGCGGCGCGCAGCCGGCGGCGGCGCGGCGGCUGGCGGCGCGAGCCUGGCGCCUCCGCACAGAGCUGGCGGGCCGCGCCGCACUGUACGCGCGGCCCGCGCCGCCAGCGGUAACAUCGACAUGCCUCCACCAUAGCCAAUUGGAGGUGUCGACCGAAGUGUACAACGGUCACUCUAGAACUUUCUAUACCACUCCCGACCGUGAGUUGGACGAAAUAGUGAAAAUUGAUAAGAAUAAUUGCCAAAAGAAUGUUAAGAAGAGCGUAUCGUUGUCCACUCAGUACAAGCCGACCCACAACAAGUCGGAGAUCGGACACAAGCGGAAGAGUUGCCCGUUACACAAGAAGAAGAAGAUGAAGGAGCAUAACACGUUUUCUCCGUUCGUUUCUGACCAUUUAAUAAAGACUUAUUAG